UUGGCCGUCAGAAAUUUCGUCAAAGACCCCGUCGAUGACUUUGACUGUGCUAUUGAUUCGGAUGGUCACGGCUCGCUCUGUGCCGGUAUAGCAGCGGGCUCUUCGUUCUAUUGCCCAAUUAACCAGGGUGAUCCCCGCUCGCCGUGUCUCGAAAUUCCCCCCGGGGUUGCCCCUGGAGCAAAACUAAUCAUCUGCAAGGUGGUGAGUACAACAAGUGGUGACGUCGAUAACGAAGCUUUUCUAGGAGCUCUGAAAUGGCUAAAGGAGCUACAUGGAUCUGGUACAAAAAUUGAUGUCGUUUCAAUCUCGCUAGCAUCGUCAUACUUUUCUCUGGAGAGGGCCCAGGUAAUCAGCGACCUCGUCAGCUCGGGGAUCGUCGUCGUUUGCUGUGCCUCUAACGUCGGCCGCAUGAAGAUGCAGCCGAUAUCGUACCCCGCACGCCUCGGCCACGUCCUCUGUAUUGGAUCACACGACGACAACGGAAAACCUACCUCGUUUACCCCAGUCGGGCGAGAGCUCGACUUUCUCGCUCCCGGAGAAGAUAUCUGGGGGCCGGGUCCGGGAACAAAUGGUCCGUUCUCCGUCGACUGUGGAAGUGGGACUUCUUGCUCGACCCCCGCCGUUGCUGGACUAAUUUGCCUCGCUCUUCACGACAUCCGGCGGCGCUGCGAGAAAGAUGGGGACGCAGUAGAUGUUACUAUUGCAGGGAGACCGGUAGCAGACUAUGUGUGGAGUGUAUGGGUGAUGAGAGAGCUCCUGAAGCUGAUGAGCUCGUGUCCAGGCCACCAUUCAGAGGAGAUUGGGUAUGGGACCUUACACCCGUACAGACUCCUGGACUGCAACACCGAGGAGAUUGUCCGCAUUGUCAACGACAUUGUUCAGGACGAAGACUGA